UGGCCUCCCGCGGCCCCCUCGCAGCCUGAGAAAUGAGGCCAAGCCCCGCCCUUUAACAGGCUGACUAUAGGAGGGUCCAUUGUUAUUGAAAUGAGCUGAACAGAAGGAGGAGAGGAAGAUCAGGCAGAGCUGAGGAGCUCCACAUUGCACACACAGGGUGGCUGUGGGGUAAAACUUCUCACCACGCGUACACGCUUGGGCUUGGGGUCGGACUGCUGGAGCUGCUGGACUCAGCUGUGGGCUGCUGAUGGAGAGUCUGGUGAACACAUCUGUUUUCUGAACACUUAUCCUGUAAAAUAGCCGAAAUUUGGUGUGUUCUACAGAGCGCUGAGUCAAUUGCAGGGACAACUGGUUCCGGUCUGUUUCCAGUGAGGUUUACCUGCUGAGAAAGAGAGAGAGAGGGAGAGAACAUGAGCCAGGCGGAUGUGAGCUGCUCGGCGCGUCAGCGCGUCUUCCAGGAGGCCCUGCGUAAAGGCAACACUGCCGAACUGCACUCUCUGCUCCGUGGCAUGACCAACUGCGAGUUCAACGUCAACUCGUUUGGCCCCGAGGGCCAGACGGCACUGCAUCAGUCCGUCAUCGAUGGGAACCUCGAGCUCGUCAAGUUGCUGGUGAAGUUCGGUGCCGACGUGCGUUUGGCCAACCGGGACGGCUGGAGCGCGCUGCACAUGGCGGCUUUCGGCGGCCACCAGGACAUCGCACUCUACCUCAUCACGAGGGCCAAGUACUCAUCUGGAGCACUCUGAGGAACAAACAAGCAGAAGCAGAGAGAGAGAGAGAGAGAGAGAAAGAAAGAACCGGACAUUAAUAAAGCAGGUUUCCCUUCAACCUGGUCCUGGAGUCAAGCCCUCAUCUAGAGCCUGCACGAUAUAUUGCUUGUUCAUUGUUAUUGCGAUAAUAGCUCUUGCGAUACUUGCAUCACAAUCUGGCCACAUUGGCUCGUCCUGUUCUUUCGACUGAUCUCAGUAAAAAUCCCAUCCACUCCAUGUAUUAUAAAAUAUCAGAUACAAGACAAUAACCAAACGACAGUCAUUUAGGGAUUGUAAAUAUAUAUUAUUUACCAGCGUAAGGUCGGUCCGUAUCGUGAAAUACCGUGACCAAGGUCUACUGUUUUCAAGACCUCAGUCACGGUAUUUCACGAUACAGACCGGCCUUAAGCUGGUAAAUAGUAUAUAAAUUUUUUUCUUUCCCAAAUUCUUACAGAAAAUGAGAGCGCCCGAAAGAGAAACCUGCUAUUCGGCUUUCUCCUGAAAUGUUUUCUUUUAUUUCGUCUUCAUCAGGGUAGUAAAACUCGCUUUCGUUGUGAACACUGUCGUUAUCGCUGUCCAUGCUGUAAAAUUAAUGCUAUUCUCCUGAGAAAUGCGAAAAUAAAUGUUGACAAAAAAUUGCUACAACGUUUGUUGUUGUUGUGAACAACCAAGUCGCCAAAGGUCCAUAACCGGGGUCCGGAUCGUAGGAUUCCGGACCGCUCACGAGCCAAUCAGAGCGUACGAUUUGAUGGAAACCGGACCGCGAAAAAAAUAAUUAUUCAUAAUCAACAGAUCACUCUAAGCUAUAGCAGGUGCUUACUUUCAUCGGAGCAUGAUUUCCAACUGCAGCACUGAAAAGAACCCUUGAGAAAAUCACAACAUUCUUAGUGUGUUAUAAGCACUCUUGGAACACAAGUCUGUAAAACCAUGCUACGUCAGUGGUUGUGUGCUUUUUUUUUUUUUUGAUGUAUUGCAAUCACAAAAUGUAGCAAUAGCCCUUUUCAUGCAGCCCUACUCUGCCCAUUUUUGUGUUCUCCCUGCUCUUCUGCACUCAUUUUAACCUCAUUAGGGCUUAUUCAAUAGCUGGUGAGUUGAGUCGGGUAUGGAUAAACACCAAAAUGUGCAGUUCCCAAGGACUCCAGGACCAGGAUUGUGAAACGCUGCCUUAAGCCUAUCGCAUUCGACCACUUUUUGUGCCAAAGUCAAAGACUAAUUGUUGGUGAUAUAUGAGUGUGGCACGGAUUCAAGUCCAAAAUGCAGAUGGUGUUGGGUUGGUACAAUGUCAAAGAUGUGGCUUGUGAACAAUGAAUACAGUUUAUAUUCUACAUUUAAUCAGUGCAUGAUUAUAGAUUACCUUCUGAAUAUAUUCUACUCACAGAUUGCUGACACUGAGAUACAAUGACAUAGCUGGAUUGAUAUAUUCAUGUUACAGGUUCUUUGCUUUUUUUUUUAAAUUACAGGAAUGGUUAUUAGCUGAUUUGAUGCAUAUAGGGUUAUGACUUACAGAUUCUUACCUCAAAAUUGGUGUGGCGACGUUCACACAGUAAAAGAUUCAGGAUCUCCAGCGAAAUAUGCAUUUGUUCCAUGGAUUUUAAAGAGCAGUUGUUGUACAUGGAAGCCUCAGCUUGUAAAAACACUAUUGAUUUCCAAUUUCUAUGAACAUUCCCCCCCCAACUUGAACGCAGUGUAAACACAAUUAUAUUAAUGUCAUUGAAAUUUUCACCAAUAGGCUCAAGCUACCUAAUUGUGAAAUGAGGAAUGGCCGGGUGUUUUUUAAUAAAGGCCAAGCCUGUCACCAUUAUUGUUUUAAGCUAUAGUCAUUUUAAACGUUGGCUGCUCACUCACUGUAGCUUAUUAGUUUCAACCUUAAGAAACUGAGCAGAUUCACAGAAUCAUGUUGUAUUACACACGUCUAUACAAUGCACUGCAUAUUGAAGUACAUAAUCCUGUUUUUUUUUUCUUGCCCAGUUUAAUUUCCAAUGCUGGAAAACUUUUGAGUUUAGAGGGUUGUGGGAAAACACUGAUGAAGUAUCAUUCAAAGCCAGUAUAGAAAUAUGCAUCAUUUAUACUUGAGAAUGUUUUAAACUAUUGCACUGAUGGCUGUUUUAUGAACAGUUGGGGUCACAACCAACUUUGAAAGAUACUAUUUUUCUAAAUGGAAAAAAAAUCAUAUUGUAUGGAAGCUCCAUGGUAGAUUAGUCUUCUCUCACUCUUGGCAAAGACAUUUAAAUGUUUGUAGAUGUUGAUUUUAGAACUUUGUAAAGCGCUUUACUUGGUGUUCCUCCUUGCACAAUAUCAAACACUGGUCACAGAAACGUGACGUUUUAAUAUCUGAGCAAUUUCAUCACUCAAGGUUAUGUUAAUUUCUUUUCAUGGAAGAACAUUCAGGUAAAGUGUUCAGUAAUUCUUGGAGCACUUCUUCACAGAAGUCCCGUCCUCCUCUUUUUAAGGGGGGCGUUACAUGGUAAAAUCGGUGUAGCGCAAUGUUACACAAUGCACAAGUCUUUACUUGAGAAUGCCAUAACAUUUAUGACAUGAGAGUAAAAAAAAAAAAAAAUACCAUCCUUGGUUGAGAUAAAUGUCAAAUGACUGUGAUUUUAUUGGACCAACUUUUUGGAAUUCUUAUUUUCUGCAAAGAGAAGUUCAGAAAAAGAGACCAAACCACUGAUCUCUUAUGCUUUUGUGAAUUGUUGAUAUGUUGUUUUAUAUCUGUCUAGAGGGUUUGUUCUUAAUGUUUUAAAUGGUGUAAGUGCUCAUAUUUUGAAAGAUAUUACAUGUUGAAUUUG